AGCGAACGUGGCAGUUCCAUUUGGCCCGAUAGGAAUCAGAGGAAUGAGUGAGAGUGGGAACCCCGUUUGUUUCACUUUCCUCAUCUCUAACCCCUUAUAACACUCAAAAACACACACACACGCACUUAACUCACUUUCCAUUCCAUUCCCAACGCAAUGGACCCAUGGCUCGACGAUCUAACCUACGACCUCCAGAGUCUUAGCUUCGCCUCCACCGCCACCGCGGACAUCAAGCGGAGCACCAGCUUCGGCUCCGAAACCACCACUCUCACCGCCUCCUCCUCCGCCCACCUCCCCGCCAACAGCAAGCCCCACGCUCCCUCCUCCGACCCACGCUGGGCCGCCAUCCACCGGAUCCGAUCGGAGUCCCCCAGCCGCCGCAUCCUCCCCUCCGACCUCCGCUUCUCCCGCCGUCUCGGCUCCGGCGACAUCAGCUCCGUCUACCUCGCCGAACUCAACGACGGGUCCCUCUCCGUGAUGUUCGCCGCCAAGGUGAUGGACAAGAAGGAGCUGGCCAGCCGCAGCAAGGAAGGAAGAGCCAAGACCGAGAGGGAAAUCCUCGAAUCCCUCGACCACCCCUUCCUCCCCACCCUCUACGCCACCAUCGACGCCGCCAAAUGGCUCUGCCUCCUCACCGAGUUCUGCCCCGGCGGCGACCUCCACAUCCUCCGCCAACGCCAGCCCCACAAACGCUUCCCUGAACCCGCCGUCAGGUUCUAUGCGUCAGAGGUGCUAGUGGCACUUGAAUACCUCCACAUGAUGGGGAUAGUGUACCGUGAUCUGAAGCCGGAGAACGUGUUAGUUCGAUCAGACGGCCACAUCAUGCUCACUGAUUUUGACCUCUCGUUAAAAUGUGAUGAUUCCACAUCAACGCCCCAGAUCAUCUUGGAUCAGAAAAACACCCCACACAAGGACCCCCACGUGGAUCCCUCGCAGUCUCAGUUCACCUCGUCUUCCUGCAUACUACCCAGCUGUAUAGUCCCCGCCGUGUCGUGUUUCCACCCAAAACGCAAGCGCAAGAAGAAGCAGGCCCAACAUAAUGGGCCUGAGUUUGUGGCCGAGCCCAUUGAUGUUCGCUCCAUGUCCUUCGUUGGGACCCACGAGUACCUGGCUCCGGAAAUCGUGUCCGGGGAGGGCCACGGUAGUGCCGUGGACUGGUGGACUUUGGGCAUAUUCAUAUUUGAAUUGUUCUAUGGUGUCACGCCCUUUAGGGGAAUGGACAACGAGCUAACCCUAGCAAACAUUGUGGCUCGAGCCUUGGAGUUCCCUAAGGAACCCUCCGUGCCACCCACGGCAAAGGACCUCAUCUCUCAGCUAUUGGUUAAGGACCCUUCGAGGAGGCUAGGCUCAACAAUGGGUGCUUCCUCUAUCAAGCACCACCCCUUUUUCCAAGGUGUUAAUUGGGCAUUGCUAAGGUGUACUCCUCCACCCUUUGUGCCCCCACAUUAUAUUAAAGAAGCUGUAUCAUCUCAUCAUGAAAUUGAAACUUGUCCGCAGACUCCCAUUGAUUAUUAUUGAUGGUCAUAGGGAGGAGAUUCAUGAAGUACAGUUAAUAAGAUAGUUCCACCAGAUUUAAUUAUUUUCCUCUCCUCCGUUUAAUUUUUCACCAUACUUUUUUUUUUUAUUUAUUAUAGCAAAAGUGUAAUUGUCAACCAACCAUGAAUAUACAUAAUAAAUAGCAAAGUGUAAUUGUCAACCGACUAUGGUACUACUAAUAAUUGAGAUUGAUGAUAGGUGAUGGGGUCUGGUGGCGUACCAUGUGGGAGGCUUGAAAUUAACUUUACUUGGUUGGUGAUUUGUAUGUAAUGUGGUUGGCGACAAAAGGUGCACAUGACUUUAGUAAUAUUUUGGUGAGUUUUUUUCUAGACA